CAGUGCUGGCCGGGCUGUGCUGACGUCAUCCUGCAGCAGAGGGGAUGGGGUGGGAGUGAGAGCGAGGACGCUGGGUUCGGAGGGUACCGGGAGCCCCUGCAAGUCUCCGGCUCGGUCACCCAGACUGGGAUCUGCCCGGGACUGCUCUGUGGACUAGUGUGGGCAGCAGGCUCCUUUCUGUCACCGCCCUGCUGUCCUCCGCCUUCCCUCCUCUCCUCGGAAAACCCCGCGACCCCCCCCACCCCGGGGUGGAAUAAGCGGGCUCAAGGCGGCCGGGGCAGAGGGUCGCCGGCCCUGCCCUGUCCCACUCCGCGCCAUGGCGCUCCCCCUGCUGCCCCUCUUGCUGGCGUCCCUGCUCCCGUCCUGCUCCGGUAACAAAGCCAAUAAGCAUAAGCCAUGGAUCGAGGCAGAAUACCAGGGCAUCGUCAUGGAGAAUGACAACACAGUCCUGCUGAACCCACCACUCUUUGCCUUGGAUAAGGAUGCCCCCUUGCGCUAUGCAGGUGAGAUCUGCGGCUUCCGGCUCCAUGGGUCUGGGGUGCCCUUUGAGGCUGUGAUCCUGGACAAGGCGACGGGAGAGGGGCUGAUCCGGGCCAAGGAGCCUGUGGACUGCGAGGCCCAGAAGGAGCACACCUUCACCAUCCAGGCCUACGACUGUGGCGAGGGCCCUGACGGGGCCAACACCAAGAAGUCCCACAAGGCUACCGUGCACGUGCGGGUCAAUGAUGUGAAUGAGUUUGCCCCAGUGUUUGUGGAGCGGCUGUACCGUGCUGCGGUGACAGAGGGGAAGCUGUAUGACCGCAUCCUGCGUGUGGAAGCCAUCGAUGGUGACUGCUCCCCCCAGUACAGCCAGAUCUGCUACUAUGAGAUCCUCACACCCAACACCCCCUUCCUCAUUGACAAUGAUGGGAACAUCGAGAACACAGAGAAGCUGCAGUACAGCGGCGAGAGGCUCUACAAGUUUACGGUGACAGCUUAUGAUUGUGGGAAGAAGCGGGCGGCAGAUGAUGCCGAGGUGGAGAUCCAGGUGAAGCCCACCUGUAAGCCCAGCUGGCAAGGCUGGAACAAAAGGAUCGAGUAUGCACCAGGCGCUGGGAGUUUGGCUUUGUUCCCUGGUAUCCGUCUGGAGACCUGUGAUGAACCACUGUGGAAUAUCCAGGCCACCAUAGAGCUGCAGACCAGCCAUGUGGCCAAGGGCUGUGACCGUGACAACUACUCAGAGCGGGCACUGCGGAAACUCUGUGGUGCUGCCACUGGGGAAGUGGAUCUGUUGCCCAUGCCUGGCCCCAAUGCCAACUGGACAGCAGGGCUCUCGGUGCACUACAGCCAGGAUAGCAGCCUGAUCUACUGGUUCAAUGGCACCCAGGCUGUACAGGUGCCCUUGGGUGGCCCCGCCGGGCUGGGCUCUGGGCCCCAGGGCAGCCUCAGCGACCACUUCACCCUGUCCUUCUGGAUGAAGCAUGGCGUAACUCCCAACAAGGGCAAGAAGGAAGAGGAAACCAUCGUGUGUAACACUGUCCAGAAUGAGGAUGGCUUCUCUCACUACUCGCUGACCGUCCAUGGCUGCAGGAUUGCCUUCCUCUACUGGCCCCUGCUUGAGAGCGCUCGUCCGGUCAAAUUCCUCUGGAAGCUGGAGCAGGUCUGCGAUGAUGAGUGGCACCACUAUGCUCUGAACCUCGAGUUCCCCACGGUUACACUCUAUGCCGAUGGCAUCUCCUUCGACCCUGCCCUCAUCCAUGACAACGGCCUCAUCCACCCGCCCCGAAGGGAACCUGCUCUCAUGAUUGGGGCCUGCUGGACUGAGGAGAAGAACAAAGAGAAGGAAAAAGGAGACAACAGUACAGACACCACACAAGGAGACCCUUUGCCGAUCCACCACUACUUCCAUGGCUACCUGGCUGGGUUCAGCGUGCGCUCAGGUCGCCUGGAGAGCCGCGAGGUCAUCGAGUGCCUCUAUGCAUGUCGGGAGGGGCUGGACUAUAGGGAUUUCGAGAGCCUGGGCAAAGGCAUGAAGGUCCACGUGAACCCCUCGCAGUCCCUGCUCACCCUGGAGGGGGAUGAUGUGGAGACCUUCAACCAUGCCCUGCAGCAUGUGGCUUACAUGAACACUCUGCGCUUUGCCACGCCCGGCGUCAGGCCCCUGCGCCUCACCACUGCUGUCAAGUGCUUCAGCGAAGAAUCCUGUGUCUCUAUCCCCGAAGUGGAGGGCUACGUGGUGGUCCUUCAGCCUGACGCGCCCCAGAUCCUGCUGAGUGGCACUGCUCAUUUUGCCCGUCCAGCUGUGGACUUUGAAGGACUCGAGGGGGUCCCUUUGUUCCCUGACCUUCAAAUCACUUGCUCCAUUUCUCACCAGGUGGAGACCAAAAAGGAUGAGAGUUGGCAGGGCACAGUGACAGACACACGCAUGUCAGAUGAGAUUGUGCACAACCUGGACGGCUGUGAAAUUUCUCUGGUGGGGGAUGACCUAGACCCCGAGCGGGAAAGCCUGCUCUUGGACAUGGCAUCCUUGCAGCAGCGAGGGCUGGAGCUCACCAACACGUCUGCCUACCUCACCAUUGCUGGGGUGGAGAGCAUCACCGUGUAUGAGGAGAUCCUGAGGCAGGCUCGGUAUCGGCUGCGACACGGAGCUGCCCUCUACGCCAGGAAAUUCCGGCUUUCCUGCUCGGAAAUGAACGGCCGUUACUCCAGCAAUGAAUUCAUCGUGGAGGUCAACGUCUUGCACAGCAUGAACCGGGUUGCCCACCCCAGCCAUGUGCUCAGCUCCCAGCAGUUCCUGCAUCGUGGUCACCAGCCUCCCCCUGAGAUGGCGGGACACAGCCUGGCCAGCUCCCACCGAAACUCCAUGGUCCCGAGUGCUGCGACUCUCAUCAUCGUGGUAUGUGUGGGCUUCCUGGUGCUCAUGGUCAUCCUGGGCCUCGUGCGCAUCCACUCCCUCCACCGCCGUGUCUCCGGGGCCGACGGGCCCCCGGGGGCCUCCAGUGACCCCAAGGACCCUGACCUCUUCUGGGAUGACUCAGCUCUCACCAUCAUCGUGAACCCCAUGGAAUCCUAUCAGAGUCGGCAGGCCGGCAUGGCGGGGGCUGCCGGUGGCCAGCAGGAGGACGAGGACAGCAGUGACUCGGAGGCGGCCGAUUCCCCCAGCAGUGACGAGAGGCGCAUCAUCGAGACCCCCCCACACCGCUACUAAGGCCUACACCUCCCCCACACGGAGGGAGAAGUCUGCCCUGGGGAGACAGAGACACCCCCAGACAAGGGAG